AUGCCAAAAUACCUCAUCUCACGCACCGUCGACCCCCUCCUGGGCGUCUUCACCGGCUUCCUCGCAUACUACCUGCACGAGACCAACCCGCGCACGGCCCCCGGACCGGGCCACACGCUCCGCGACCUCAUUGUGUGGAAGUACAACUCGGCGCAGGUCGAGCGCGAGGCUGUCGCUGCCGCGGCGGCAGUGGCGGAGCAGGACGAGCUCGAGGCCGUGCGCCGCGAGCUGGCGGCGGCAGAAGUCGUGGACGAGUCUGUGGUGCUGGGCCAGGUCAAGGCUGCGAGCGCCGCGGCCGCGGCGACUGCGACGACGACCGGGGCCGCAACUGCUGACCGGGCAGUGUAG